CUUAAUCUCUAAAAUUUGAAAUUCUCAUUAAGCUUCAAACUCUUAAUAACACACCCCCACCCACCUAAAAACCUUAACCCUAAAAAACCUUAACACAAAAAAUUACUUCCCCCCUCUAAACCUCAACUCCAUAACACCUCCUAACCUUCCUAAAAACCCUCUCAUAAAACUCACACAGCACCUGCGGUCACACCUUCUUCAACACCUGCACACUCACACACAAAUACUCAAUCUCCCCCUUAUUAUUCACAAAUUCCACUAUUCCGUUCCUAUCCUUUCCUUUAUUCUUCAACUUCUCAAUCCCUUUUAUUUCUCCUGUUGCUAGUUUCUGUUCUAUUCCUUCUUGUUCUGUUUUUAUGGUAGGGGUGUAGUCUGGGCAGCAGGGUUGUUCGGUUUUGAUCUUUUUUGUUUCUUAACUUUUUGAUGAUGUAAGAGUUUGAUUGAUCAUUUUGUUUAAUUUCUGCUUAAUCAUUUUUAAAGACUUCUUCUUUUUCGGCUGAGAAUGACUAGAAAGCAAAUCAAACUUAUUCUUCCUCUUCUUAGGCCUAGUCCCUGCAAAAGGAAACUCCCUAUUAAUCUUAUCAAUCGCCUUCGCCAAUCUCUUCUUCGACGGCAACAUCUUCUUCUGCUUCUUAGACAAACUCUUCGGAUGCAAGGGAGGAUGCACUCAAUUCCACCUCUCUUCCUUCCCCUCUUCCUUCCCCUCCACCUCUCAUUUAACCCCUCCAAACCCUUCCUCAAUCUCCUUCUCCAGUCCUUUCCCUCUAUCUACCUCUCCAAAGUCAAUCUCCUUCUUAACUUCCGUCUCUGGGAAGACUCCUUGAUGAUACCCUUCCUCAUAAUUCCUACUAAAAAUAUUCAAAAAUAUCUUCAUCUUCAGGAAUAAGUUCGUUCUCGCUUUCGUUCUCUCUGAGGCCUU